AUGGUGAAGCCGGACGUAUCGAGAGACUACUAUGCCGACCUUGGAGUCGGCCCUAAUGCAGACCAGGAGGAGAUCAAGAAACAGUUUCGGAAACUUGCUCUAAAGUACCAUCCCGAUCGAAACCCAGGGAAAGAAGCAGAGUAUAACUCGAAGUUCCAAGCCAUCCAAGCUGCACACGAGAUAUUGGUCGAUCCCCAGCUGCGAUUGAAGUAUGAUACUGGCAGAUUGAGAGCUGGCUACGGCAAAUUAUACGGGCCUUCUCGAACGGCAACACCAACGCGCCAGGCUCCUCAGCAAGCGACCUCGAACCCCUUUAGAAAAUCGCAAGCUAACUACAAUACCGCCCCUCAGUAUGGAAAACCGGCCAACGCAUACUCGGGGGCAUACCCACCGCCGCCUCCGUCUUCAGGAGCCCAGCGAUAUGCAAGCUACGCAAAGGCAGGCGCACAGAAGUUUGAUAAGGUAUAUGAAGAGUCCCGUGCCAGAGCUGAGGCCUUUCAGGGGUUCCAGGAUAUGAAGAAUAAACAGCCCCAGCCUCAGAUGCCUGGUGGAUGGACCAACUUUGACCCCCGAACUGGGCGUGCUCAGGAGAAACCGGCUUCCAAACCGCGCGCAACAUCACACCAAAGAGGCCAGUCAGCAUAUCAUGCCUUUGCAGAAGAGGCACGCAGAGCCGCAGAGACGCCUACUCCCGAAAGAUCCAAAUCAACAAAGGCAAAGAGCGGAUUUGCACCUCGGACGGCUGGAGGAGAUGAGCCCAUGGCAAAGUGUGCCACUUCAUACUACAAUCUCCGGGGCGAGAAAAAUCGAGACUCGGAUCCGAUGUCUUACUUCUUCUCGUCAGCUCCGUCGCCAACUGCGAAGAAGCCACAACAAGCAUAUGAUGACUCCUCUGACCCGCAAACACCUAACCUCCACAGAACUAGCAGCAGAUAUGCCACAUCCGGCGGAGAGAGGACCUAUGUACCGAAGGCUAGUAUUAACCGUUCUGCUAGUGUCCGCGAAGAGACAGCCGCACGACCCCAGACGAACCCGCCCAGUCCGAUUAACCGUAGCGCAAAUCCCAAUAGACGGCAUAGUGCCAGUCCAAAAUUGAAGCCAAAUAGACAACCGGCCUUCUCCGCAUCUUCAUCUUCAUCUACUACCUCUAGUGAAACAGACGAUACAGACGAAGUGAUCUUGAACUUCCGUCCCAAGGCAGUUCCCCGAAGCAGGCGCGCGCAGAACAGCUCUGGAUGGAAAUCGAAUUUUCCCGACAAUAAUAACAAGCCUUCAGCAACUGGUGAGAGCCCAUUCGGCUGGGCAAUGGGACCUGAUUCAUGGCUCUUUGCUGAAAUCGACGGCUCCCCAAACCAAAUGCCCUCGAGCUCUAAGAAAUGGAACUGGCAUGCUAACAAUCAACCCGAAGGGUAUGGCCCGAGUACGUUUGGCAACGACGCCCCCUUUUCGCACGAAACCCGCCGCGAAUCCUCCAUGGGCCGCACGAUCCCCCCUAUGCCUAAUGUGAGCUCUUUCAGAGCGACCUCAACGGAGGAACAAAGGCCAAGUGCUGCAACCAUGUAUGACUUUACCCCUACAUCUACCCCUACAUCUACAUCUACCCCCAAGCCCAAGCCCAAGCCCAAGUCCUCAGCCAGAAACUGGUCAGAGCAAUGGGGGUUCUCCCCAAAGUCUGGCGCUCCAGCUACCUCCCAUAUUCCACCUCUGUGGGCUUACCCUGCCAACAUACUCCCCAACUUGUUCACUGUCCCUCAAACGAUAAAGGAAACAGAGAAAGGAGCCGACGAAGAUGAAGACGAUGCGAGAGGUGCCGCCUUCAACACUGACGAUGCAGGGAGGACGCCACGAAAGUCCUUCUUUGAACAUCGGGCAUUCGCACCAAACACUCCGCUGAGCGCAGAAGCUAACUAUUCUACAACCAUACACAGUUUCGACCAGCCGAAUAAUGGUAACCAAAAUGCUCAAAAGGAAGGCAUCGCCAGACAUGCUACGUCAAAGAGCAAAAGCCAUGAAAACUUCAACUCCGGGUUUUCAUCGUCCGAGUGGAACUUUGCCUUUUCUAACAAUGCGCAGUUCUUCGCCCCAACGCAGGGUGACUCUCUGGGAGCAACACAGAAUAAAUUUGGCAACAGGCCCCGGUCUCAUUCCCGUCCUACAACUUCUCAAUCUAACGAGUCACCACAAAAGUCUACCAGCAACCCUUUCGGUUUCAAGGAAACUAAAACAGACACCCGGCCAUCGUUAUUUAGGGCCACCACCACUUUCACGGCUGAGCAGCUGCCUGACAGUCUGAACGAGAAGACCUGGAAUAUACCCACAGCUCAAGAUAUGUUCUUUGGUGGCCAGAACAAUCAAAAAGACUCUAAAAAACCGACAAACGAGCCAAAGCCAGUCAGAGUAAGCUCGGAAGCAGAGGAAGAAGAGGCUACUUUUUCACCUCACGAGAUAUUUGGAAACAAGAGCACUCAACGCGAGUCCAUGGGCAUGGCUGAUGAGAUGGACGUUGACGAGGAGCUGCCCACCGUCAACGUACCGAAUGGGCAAGCGAGCAAUACUACCACCAACAACAAGCCCAAGUUCCCCAUGGGCCCAGCAUUUAUUCCAUCCAGUAAACCAGGGGGAAAGCAUGAGCUGUUCAAUUUGGCAAAGCUGGGACUGGUCAACCCGUUCACAGCGAGCAACUCCAAGGGCAUUAAUGACCUGAAGGACCUAAACUCAUCACUUCCAUUCGAGUCCAAGGCGAGCAGCGAGAAACCUUCCCAGCGGCCCAUCCACCCGCGGGAUCUGUCGUUGCCAAAUCCGCCGAAACCACCAACACCACCUGCGAUGAUUGGGGCCCCGCCAGUUCCUCGGGCGGUCGUGGAGAAGCAAUCUCUACCGCAGACUCCGUGCGAUAUCUACAUGAUGCAGAUGCAGGUCUACAUGCGCGAAUGGGGCCGCUUCAACUGCACCAUGCUAGCCCACUUUAACGAACGGCAGCAUCUGGUGGAAACGGCCAUGGCCCCUGGCUGGAUGCGAGCGGUAGGAGACAGCAGCCGCGUCAAACUAAACGGUAGCAACGGCGACGCUGGGGAUGUAGAAGAGGAGGACCUUCUCGUGGGCAGCGGCAAGGCUGGCUAUAGCGAGUAUCUCCGGGGCAUCGAAGAGGACUUUGUGGUCCGGCAGCAUUGGGACGUUGCCUGGGAACGGCACCGGGAAUGCAUCCUGGAUCUCGGGAAGGUGCGUGAAUGGCUACGCAGCGGCCACGGCGACGGGCAAGGCGCAUUUCACAAUCCCGGAAUGAAGAUGCCGGCCAACUAG